CACAAAUCUACUUUAAUUAGUGUUUUAAAGUAUUUAGACCUUUCUGUGUUGUGAAGGUCUGGGGGGUCACGUCAGGAAUGGCGUCCACACUUAAAUCUUUGAUUUCACUGCAUUUGGUCAUCUCAAUUUUUACAAUACUUGCGAGAUGUCAGGUCAGUUGUAUAAGAUACACAUCAUUACAAACUCUCUAUUUAACGUGUGUGCUUAUGGUUGCGUAUUUUAAAAAAGCAGUUAUACAUUUAUAAAAAUCUUUGUCUAUCAAACUUCUAAAACUAACUCUCGCCAUAAAUUAUGUUGACAUAAACUGUUAGGACUUUUGGAUAGUUUUACGUUUUCAAUUAUAAACACCAUUCAACGAGUUAAAAAGGAUUUGUUUAAUCUGAACUUUUAUAAAUGAGAUAAAUGUAGAGGAUUCAUAAAAGUAACUUUAUUUUGACCUACAUUUGAUCUACAUUUAACCUUCUGCACUAAAAAAUUUUUGUGUAAAAAUAAAUACCUAAUAACUUUAAAGUAAAAAAAAAAAAAAAAAAGGUAAAUGAUUAAUUUGUUAUCUGACGAUGUAUGUAAAAACAUUACAUUCUAUCAACGGUUCAUGAAAUGACAUUAAUUUUGUUUAUGUCUGACUGUGACCGGCCGUAGCCACUUUAGUUUUAUUUGUUUGCUGUCAGCUUCUCCCCGUUGAAGAUCCCAACUUCAGCACAGACGGCCAGGAGAUAGGGAUGGUUUCAGCCGUUGAUAUUGACUCUGACGGCGACCUCUACGUCUUCCACAGAACCGACAGGCCCUGGACCGAUGAGUGAGAGCACUGUGUUUAGCAGGAAACUAAAACUUACCAUUUUAGGAAUUUUCUUAGUAAAACUGGUGGUGUUCCGAGUGAGGGCUCUCUGGCAUUUACAAGGGUUUUGUCAUUUCUAGAAAUACUCAACUGACAAAUUUGGUUAAAAAUACGCAUUUUGAGCCAGUGUUUCACUAUCAAAGACACAUUUUGGAAUGGGAGGAAAACACGUUAAAUAGUGUAUAGGCCUACCUUUCCAUGAAUUAUGAAGGUGCACUUUUCUAUAAAUUAUGUAGACAUAGCUUUCUAUAAAUAAUGUAGGCAUUCCCUUCUAUAAAUUAUGUAGUCAUACCCUUCUAUAAAUUAUGUAGCCGUUCCCUUCUAUAAAUUAAGUAGGCAUUCCCUUCUAUAAAUUAUGUAGCCGUUCCCUUCUAUAAAUUAUGUAGGCGUUCACUUCUAUAAAUUAUGUAGGCGUUCCCUUCUAUAAAUAAUGUAGGCAUUCACUUCUAUAAAUUAUGUAGGCAUUCACUUCUAUAAAUUAUGUAGGCGUUCCUUUCUAUAAAUUAUGUAGGCAUUCACUUCUAUAAAUUAUGUAGGCAUUCACUUCUAUAAAUUAUGUAGGCGUUCCUUUCUAUAAAUUAUGUAGGCAUUCCUUUCUAUAAAUUAUGUAGGCAUUCACUUCUAUAAAUUAUGUAGUCAUACCCUUCUAUAAAUUAUGUAGGCGUUCCUUUCUAUAAAUUAUGUAGGCAUUCACUUCUAUAAAUUAUGUAGGCAUUCACUUCUAUAAAUUAUGUAGGCAUUCACUUCUAUAAAUUAUGUAGGCAUUCACUUCUAUAAAUUAUGUAGGCAUUCACUUCUAUAAAUUAUGCAGGUAUUCACUUCUAUAAAUUAUGUUGGCGUUCCUUUCUAUAAAUUAUGUAGGCGUUCCUUUCUAUAAAUUAUGUAGGCAUUCACUUCUAUAAAUUAUGUAGUCAUACCCUUCUAUAAAUUAUGUAGGCGUUCCUUUCCAUAAAUUAUGUAGACAUUCACUUCUAUAAAUUAUGUAGGCAUUCACUUCUAUAAAUUAUGUAGGCAUUCACUUCUAUAAAUUAUGUAGGCGUUCCUUUCUAUAAAUUAUGUAGGCAUUCCUCUCUAUAAAUUAUGUAGGCAUUCACUUCUAUAAACUAUGUAGGCAUUCACUUCUAUAAAUUAUGUAGGCAUUCACUUCUAUAAAUUAUGUAGGCAUUCACUUCUAUAAAUUAUGUAGGCGUUCCUUUCUAUAAAUUAUGUAGGCAUUCCUUUCUAUAAAUUAUGUAGGCAUUCACUUCUAUAAAUUAUGUAGGCGUUCCUUUCUAUAAAUUAUGUAGGCAUUCAAUUCUAUAAAUUAUGUAGGCAUUCACUUCUAUAAAUUAUGUGGGCGUUCCUUUCUAUAAAUUAUGUAGGCAUUCACUUCUAUAAAUUAUGUAGGCGUUCCCUUCUAUAAAUUAUGUAGGCAUUCCUUUCUAUAAAUUAUGUAGGCAUUCACUUCUAUAAAUUAUGUAGGCGUUCCCUUCUAUAAAUUAUGUAGUCAUACCCUUCUAAAAAUUAUGUAGGCAUUCCUUUCUAUAAAUUAUGUAGGCAUUCACUUCUAUAAAUUAUGUAGGCGUUCCCUUCUAUAAAUUAUGUAGGCGUUCCUUUCUAUAAAUUAUGUAGGCAUUCGUUUCUAUAAAUUAUGUAGGCAUUCCCUUCUAUAAAUUAUUUAGGCGUUCCUUUCUAUAAAUUAUGUAGGCGUUCCUUUCUAUAAAUUAUGUAGGCAUUCCUUUCUAUAAAUUAUUUAGGCAUUCACUUCUAUAAAUUAUGUUGGCGUUCCCUUCUAUAAAUUAUGUAGGCAUUCACUUCUAUAAAUUAUGUAGGCAUUCACUUCUAUAAAUUAUGUAGGCAUUCACUUCUAUAAAUUAUGUAGGCAUUCACUUCUAUAAAUUAUGUAGGCGUUCCUUUCUAUAAAUUAUGUAGGCAUUCACUUCUAUAAAUUAUGUAGGCGUUCCUUUCUAUAAAUUAUGUAGGCAUUCACUUCUUUACAUUAUGUAGGCAUUCACUUCUAUAAAUUAUGUAGGCGUUCCUUUCUAUAAAUUAUGUAGGCAUUCACUUCUAUAAAUUAUGUAGGCGUUCCCUUCUAUAAAUUAUGUAGGCAUUCCUUUCUAUAAAUUAUGUAGGCAUUCACUUCUAUAAAUUAUGUAGGCGUUCCCUUCUAUAAAUUAUGUAGUCAUACCCUUCUAAAAAUUAUGUAGGCAUUCCUUUCUAUAAAUUAUGUAGGCAUUCACUUCUAUAAAUUAUGUAGGCGUUCCCUUCUAUAAAUUAUGUAGGCGUUCCUUUCUAUAAAUUAUGUAGGCAUUCGUUUCUAUAAAUUAUGUAGGCGUUCCCUUCUAUAAAUUAUUUAGGCGUUCCUUUCUAUAAAUUAUGUAGGCAUUCCUUUCUAUAAAUUAUGUAGGCAUUCCUUUCUAUAAAUUAUGUAGGCAUUCACUUCUAUAAAUUAUGUUGGCGUUCCCUUUUAUAAAUUAUGUAGGCAUUCCUUUCUAUAAAUUAUGUAGGCAUUCCCUUCUAUAAAUUAUGUAGGCAUUCCUUUCUAUAAAUUAUUUAGGCAUUCCCUUCUAUAAAUUAUGUAGGCAUUCCUUUCUAUAAAUUAUGUAGGCAUUCACUUCUAUAAAUUAUGUUGGCGUUCCCUUCUAUAAAUUAUGUAAGCAUACGCUUCUAAAAAUUAUAUAGGCAUUCCCUUCUAUAAAUUAUGUAGGCAUUCUCCUUUUUUUUUUUUAAAUAGCGGAAUGCCACUGAGUAAAGAUCAAAUGGACAAGACACCGUGUUUAUUUUAAAAAAAAAUAUUAUUUUACGUAAUAAUCAUAAUUACUAUUCAAUAAUGUAAACUAUUCUGAAAGGGGAGCUUUCAGUGGAUUACAAGCUAUUUUAUUUAAUUAAACUGCAUUUAUAAUAAAUACCACCGGGCUAUGCCUUUUGAAGUGUUGGAAAUUUAUCCUCUCUCAUUGUUUCCAGCACAUUUCUGCCCAACCGUAACGUACUUUCGGCAAUAGGGAAAGUGCCCAUCUCUAAGGACACAAUUUUCAUUGUUGACCCUAACACUGGCCGGAAAAAGUCGAGUUUCGGAAACAAUUUGUGAGUAAAAAGUUCAAAGGAAAAUGAUUUUAUUGCGUCAUUUUGUUAAUUUGUUUUUUUUAAAAACUCAAACACGAUUUUUAUUAUUCACUGAGAAACCACGAAAAUGAAGAGUCCAUAAUGAGAAUAAUGAUCCCAUUACUUGGCAGAGUCCAUUGUGAGAAAAAUCCCUGUACUUGGAUGAGUUCAUGAAAAGACAUAAACAAAAUUGAGUGACCAAAAAGUGAACUUUCCUCUCAUUAUUGAACACUACCGUUGCGUCGAGUUAUUAACCGAUUUUUAAUGGUUCUCAAAUGUUAUUUAAAGACUUCUACUUUAAUAUAAUAAUACUUCUUUACAACAGAUUUCUUAACGAUAAAAUAAUGACAGUAAUUAGCGGGCUUAUGAAAAUAACAAUGAUCACAUUCUUAGUUGCUUUUUUAUAUUGACAGUCAGUCCGAAGGUGCGACAGGGAAAUACGGAACCUAUGGGACAUUAUAGAACUGAACUCCCUGCAUGUAACAAAGCAGACAAAUCGUAGCAUGUAACAAAGCAGACAAAUCCUAGCUAUAGCAAAGCAGACAAAUCCUAGCAUGUAUCAAAGCAGACAAAUCCUAGCUAUAACAAAGCAGACAAAUCCUAGCAUGUAGCAUAGCAGGCAAAACACUUAUUAGUGUCACAACAAUGUAUUCGACUGUGUUCAUUUUCUGACACGCUCAUUGAGAUUUAUGCCAUGCGCAGUUUCAACAUUCCACAUGGACUUAAAAUCGAUGCCAAUGACACAAUCUGGACGACAGAUGUUGGAAGACAUCAGGUGGGUCAAACAGUUUCUGUCCCAUCACCUGUGUAGGUGGAUCGUUUAAAAAGAACACACCAUUAUUAUAGUCAUUACACUGUUAUUGCAUGUCAUAACUUGAAGUUUGGACGCGUGCAUCGCAAAUUUUAGCCCUAAGAAUCUUAACAAUAGAAGCACUAAUGGUGCUGAGUCUUGGUCUUAAGUCCUGUACCAAUCGGGAUCUCGAUAAUCGCUAAAGCUAAUGGUGUGUUGAACGUCACAGGUUUUCAGAUUCCCAAAAGGCGCCACCCAGCCUGACCUAGUUCUGGGAGAGAAGUUUGUUCCGGGCGAUGACGAGCGCCACUUCUGCAAACCUGCUGACGUCACGUUUGGCAGAAAUGGCGAAUUUUUCGUGGCAGAUGGGUAUUACUCAAUUUUAAGAAAAAAAAUGUUAAAUUAAAAUUAAAUAUUCUUAAGUAAUUUUUUUAAAACAAAAUUAAUGUUUCAUUAUUUUAUUUAUUUUUAAAGUACACAUUUCACUUUCAGACUUUCACAAAUAUUACAUCGCUUCUAAAGAGAUACUUUGCAUUCCCUAAGUUUACUUUUUGCUUCAGCUACUGCAACAGCCGCAUUUUAAAGUUUUCCCGAGAUGGUUAUUUGCUCUUCAAGUGGGGAGUUCAUUUGGAUAAUGGUGUGUUGCAUAAUGGUUGUGUUGGAUAGUGGCGCUUGGAUAAUGCUUGUGUUGUUUAAUGGCUGUGUUGUCAAGUAAGGGAGGUCAUUAAUAAUUAUUGCGAAUGAAUUUUAUGUUUCAUUACGCGAGGUGUGUGUUUGAGAGUUUUAUUAGUUAGUGAAAGCUCUUCCCGCGCUUGACUCUGUGACGUAUUUUGAUGCUCAUUAUGACGUAUUGUCUAGUCUGUUUUGUGAAGCACGUUGUAUUCGUCGGGCAGUCGUGGAAGGAACUUUGUGGAAGGAGGUUGUGUCCUAUUUUUAAAUGCGUUAUAUGCACGUGUUUAUGAAAUUUACAGCCUGUGUAUAUAGUUUGAUAUUAAAGUUAAAUUUAUUGUGAUAAAUGACUUGAGCUGAUUCAGUGCUAGUACGACGAAUUACAAAGUGUGAAAGAACUGGAUGACUUAACCAAUCUAGUAGAAACAGGAGUUUAAGAGGUUAGGAGGUUGACAGGUGUAUUGGUGUAUGUGGCCACUAUAAUAUCUCUACACAAUAUUCUUUUUUUUUUUUUUUAAAUUUUGUCGUUGAUAAACUUAAUUUGAUAAAUGCAGUGCCGACCAACCAAAUAUUAAUAUUAUCACCAAGAAUGGCGUGGACAGGAAUGAGCGAUUACAAUUAAUGGAAAGAUUACUUCCCUUAGUCUAGCAGCCAUCCAAAGUAAAUGAUAUUACAAAGUUGAAUUCUUGUUUUCAGAAGAAAAUAUUUGUAUUAUUCUGCUUUAAAAAUUCUGCUUCUGAUAUUAAAACACAAAAUUGUGCGGUUUUUUUUGUUGUUUUUUUUGCAGCUACGAGCGCAUUAAACCCGUACACACUAAACACACCUCACAGUUUAACCUACAUAGAGAAAGAGGACCUCAUAUGUGUGGCGGAUAGAGAACACAGCAGGUAAAGUGUACGGGACAUUGUAAAUAGAUGGGAAAAACACAUUCUAUAAAAUAGAUAGAGCUAAGAUUUGGCUGUAGCACCAAAGAAACAAAAGCCACGCAGAUGGUUACAGAUGCGAUUUCAGAAAUGUUCUCAAAAUAUCAACACGAUAGAGUAGUGACUUUUCAAAGUAUGAUCGGUUGUAUGGCUGAGCAAUCUCCCCGAGUCUUAGCUCUUCACGCACUCUCCAGUCCAUUGUGCAGCUAUUGAUUACGUAUGUGUACAUAAAAAUAGCCCAGGAGAUGACCGUUGCACAUUCCUUGGGGCUUAACGUGUGUUCACAUGACACUAUCAAAUUACUGCACACACUGUCUUACGUACACACGUACACACAGCUGUUUAGGUUGAUCUCUUGCGGCUACCAUUUCAGAGCACUCUGUUACAAUGGUGGGUACACAAAUGGACUGUCCCUGGGCAGCUACAACAGAACUUUGGUCGGCGUCAAUGAGACGGGAAAAGUGUUUGCUAUAUACUACAAUAAAGCAGGUCAGUGGAUAUUCAGCCAUACAUUACGUCAGUGCAUUUUUUUUUAUUAGCCGGAAAUUAAUUCAGUAGAUUCCAGUGGACUUAAGUCUAAAGUGUAAAGUAGUGUCAUUAAAUUGCAGUGGUCAGUAGCAACAAGAGGCGAUAGAUGAAACCAUUAUCAAGAAUCAAAGGUUUCGCUGUGAAUAAUUUAUAUUAAAACAUGUUAAAAUUCUAGGCUCUAUCAAAACGCUAACUGUAUACAUUUUUCUAAAUAAUGCGAAAAAAUCUUUUACAUUGUUAACAUUUCAGCCAAUGAAAUUGUCACAGCUGGAGAAAUUUCCCGUGAGCCUUUUCUGGUCAACGGUCAACUAAUUUAUCCACCAAGAGCCUUCAGUUACAGCCUCAGUGGUCAGAAAUUAUCUUCAUGGGCGAACAUUACACAGGUAGGUAGUCAGUGGAAAAUCCAAAGGGCGAAAAUUAUACAAGUAGGUAGCCAGUGGGAAAUCCGAUGGGCGAACAUUGCACAGGUAGGUAGCUAUUGGUAAAUCAGAUGGGCGAACAUUGCACAGGUAGGUAGCCAGUGGGAAAUCGUGGAAAAUUAACUAUGUAUAAAUGAAUUGUUGCAACAUGACACAAGGUCUAGAUUAAGACAGAAAACCACCCCAGGAAGAUCACACAGACCAAAAAAGACUCAAAAGACUAAAAAUACCAAAAUGACCACAAAGCCCCAAAAAGACCACAAAGACCAAAAGGACCACAACGACCAAAAAGACCACAAAGCAUCAUAAAAGGGUUGCACAAAUAGGCAUACACAUUUUUUUAAACCUGCAAAGAACAAAAAGACUACAAAGAACAAAAGGACCACAAAGAACAAAAAGACCCCCCCCCCCCCCAAAAAAAAAAUACCACAAAAACGCAUUAAAGUCUUGUACAAAUAGGCAUACACUUUUUAAAAAAAAAAAACCUUGCUGUGGUUGAUAAUGAACGUUGGCGUGGAAGCAACCCAAUAAUAAAACCAGUCGCUGAAAAUUAAAGUGAAUCUUCAAAUUAUUUACAGUCCUCGUGUAUAAAAAUCAUUUAAGUUGUAUUUUGUACAAAGCUCGACACGUGCCCAGCUCCCUCACAACCUCACUUACUAACUAUUCGUAUUUUUUACAUUGAAAUUUGCCAUUAACGACUGGUCACAUCACUAAAAAGAAAAGUUUCCCAUAUGGAAGACGUCUUUCUGACGGUUUUUUAAAUUUUGCUUUCACUUUUAGACACCCACAUAUCAUAUUAAAAGGGAUACAUAUUAUUGGAUAUAUUUUAGCGUUAGGCAAUGAAAUGCUGGGUGGACUUGGACCAGGGAUAUUAAAAUGGUAUUUUUUUACAAACCGGUUUUCGGUUUUAAAAAUGCGUUAAUUCCGGUUUAAAACCGAAUUUUUGUACAAACCAAUGAACAGUGUGUACAACAAGGCAAUAUUUUGACAUAGUUUUAUAAGCCCUUAAGCGGAAGUAAAAAUCUUGUUUUGUCAGUAUCACUACUCCACUGCCUCUCCUGUGUGAUAAUGAUGUCAUGUUUUGGAUGAAGAAAAGCAAAGCCCAGGGCAGCGCAUGGUAGUUCCUACACCAAACCCGAGACAGCGUGUGGCAUUUGCCACCCCAAACACCAGGGCAGCGCGUGGUAGUUCCUACACCAAACCCGAGACAGCGUGUGGCAUUUGCCACCCCAAACCCCAGGGCAGCGCGUGGUAGUUCCUACACCAAACCCGAGACAGCGUGUGGCAUUUGCCACCCCAAACACCAGGGCAGCGCGUGGUAGUUCCUACACCAAACCCGUGACAGCGUGUGGCAUUUCCCACACCAAACCGCAGGGCAGCAUGUGGUAGUUGUUGCUCAGGCAUCAGAUUUGUUUAUAUGAACAGCCAUAUUUUCAAACAUUUUAUGAUGGUGUUAAUUUAUAAAAUGUAUUUAUUCUCUGGACUGACUUCAAGCUUGAACUGAACCACAUUAGUUAAAUAUAAAAUAAAUGCAGCAAUGGCAACCAUGAUUACUGAAUCUUUACUGUGGUGUGACAUCUGUACUCACGCCAACGUGUCAAUUGAUAGCAGACCACUACACACGUGCUAUAACAAAGCAAUCUCACAUUUCAUAUAAAAUACAUUCAACUAUUUUUGGAAGUGACCUUCCUCUAUCCAACUCACUAACCCUGUUAAAGUUUGCAGUGCGGUUUGACAAGACAUGCCAGUCACUAUUGCUUAUACUUACUGUUAGUUUAUUAUUGUGUUUAUUAAAAAAUAUAAAUUUCUGGAUUAUUUUAAUCAUGAUAAAAAAAUAAUCAUUAACCGGUCUUCAAUUUCAAAAAAAAACAACAACAACAAACAAACGGGAAACCUUUGUUUGUUCGGUAUCCUUAAUUUGGAAUGGUCUUCCUUCAUGUUUACUGUUCUACAGGUUGUGGCGAAAGCUGGGCCUUCCUUGAUACAUGACCUCUGUACAUCCAAAGAUGGGCAGGACGUAUUUCUCGGGGAUAUCGUGCAACAUAAGGUCUUCAAAUACACCAGGCGUCCAAUCAGCGUUGUGGGAUGAGAACGAUACAUUUCGAUCAACAUGUUUUACCGUGAUACCCAUUGUCAUUCUGUUUCUGGAAACAAAUUUAAUUAUUUUUUUUUUUGUGUGUUGCAUUGACAAAUUUAACAUCAUUAACAGUUUUCGAGAAAAAAUAUUAAUUCUCUUAUAUUAAAUCUUAUUAUUGUCAUCA